AUGUUCCUGCUUUUACAUCACUUCACAAUUACAUGGCUGCUGCUUCAAAUCAUCACUUACUGCAAAGGAACUAUUCCUUCAGCUUUGUUUCCUUCAGUUUCUAAGAAUAUCAAUGAAAGUACCUUUCCAGUGGCUAUGAAAAUUAAACCUACGUCAGAUUUAAUCCUUGUCAAAUGUCCAGACAAAUAUUACAAGCAUUCAAAUAUUAAAGAUUCUUUUAACAUGGAUGGUUUGUUAGAAUUUUCAAAAUUAACUUUUCGUACUAAUAGCAAAAUUUUUGCUUGGACACCUUCUGUAUACAAUAAUAUAAAUAGAGAUAAUAUAGUAACUUGUGGAAUAGCUGGUAUAAUAAAUUUUAACAAUAAAUCAAUAAAUUAUGAUUGGAAGAUGAAAUACAAUUGGCAGUCUAAACCAAAAUCAUUUGAAAUAGCAAAGAGAGAGAAAAUAUCAAAGACACUUCCUCCAUCCAAUAAUUGUAGUGAUAAUCCAGCUAAACUUGUCAAAUUCACCAAAGAUAAAGAAGGAAAUAUGAAACGUAUUAAUAUAAAUAAUGGUGAAUUGAAGGAAGCAGAAGAAUUACCUCAUGCCAAUAAAUUAUAUUACUAUUUUGAUGUUCCUGAUGAUAAUUCUAUUCUGGAAUAUGUGCCUCCGUGUCAAAUUGUUAGAGCAGUUAAUGAUAAACCAGAAAUAAAAAUUAAUGGUCAAGAACAUCCAGAAUCUCCAAAGAACAACAAAAUUUAUGUUGUUAAACGAGAAAGUAUGACAGAAGUAUUCAAUAUAAAACUUCACUUGAUGUCUCCAGAUGCUCCUGAUUUUUAUAAAGAUGAAAAAAUUUUAAUGAAAGAAAUGAGAUAUGCAGAGUCAAGUAUUGCAGACAUACCAAAUACUGAUGAAAUGAUAAUGGACAGUUUUACACUACAUCAAUUUAAAAUACUGAAGUUUAGUUACAACUAUCCAACAAUUGAAAAUGAUAACGUUGUAGAAAAAAUAUAUUAUUUUGGACCAAUGAAGGAUGAUUAUGAAUUUCCAAAUCAGGACAUAUUAUAUCUAGCAAAUGAAACGUCUACUAAACCAAAUUGUACCAUUAAUGGAAUCACAUAUGGAUAUUUUGAAUCUGUUACUUAUGAAAAUAAAACUAUUAAAUUAAAUGAUUUUAAUAAUAAUGAAAAGGAUAAUUUUAAACGUUCAGGAGAUUAUAUUAUUUUAAAAAAUAAUAAAACAAACAUGAUAUCUUUAAUGUGCCGUUAUAUUACUCUUACUGGAACUGUUACUUUAACUCAAACAUUUAUAAAAGGAAAAAAAGUAUUUAUGGGAAAAAAUGAAAAAGGAGAAGAUAUAUAUAAAAUUUUAUCAGAAACUGAUGGAUCAGAAUAUGAAAAAAAAAUGGCUGAUAAAAAAAAGGAAAUGGAGUCUAUGAAAAAAUCUUUUAUUGAUAAAUUAAUUGAUUAUAUUGGUAUUGGUGGUACAUAUGGACUUAUUGGUGGUAUAUCUUUAUUUAUUUUAAUAAUAAUAAUAAUUAUUAUUUUAUUAUGUUAUUUCAAAUCAAUUAAACCACGUCUUAUCAGAAAAAAAAUUCAAAAAACUUAUCCCAAUAUAUUUGAAUUAUGGAAUGAUAUAUCAAAACAAAAAUUAGAAAAAUAUUCACAAAUUGGUGUUAAAAGAGAUUAUGUUGCUGAUCGUGAACAAUGCCAUGAUUAUAAAAAGACAUGUGAAGGUUUUGAAGAAAUAUUUACUGACACAACUUCCUUAUUUAAUAAUGAAUUAGUUAAAUGUUAUAAAGAUAUUAAUGGAGCAAUAACUGCCUAUUAUAUUGAUAAAAUAUCACCUCAAAAAAAAUAUAUCAUUUCUGAUGGACCAUCAACUAAUAAUAUUAAUUAUUUUUGGGAACUAUUGUAUCGUGAAAAUGUUAAAGUUAUUGUGGCAUUUAUUGAUAUUGAAGAUGACUAUGUAAAUUAUUGGCCAAAAAAAUCUUCUCAAAAAUAUGGUAAUAUUAAUGUUGAAUUUAUUAAAAAUUUGUCUGCUAAUGAUAUUUCACAUUUAUCUAUUUAUCAUUUUCAAAUGACUGUUGAUGUUGGUAAACCAAAAGAAAUAACAUUAUUUCAUAUUAAUAAUUGGAAAGAACAUGAAUUACCUAAAACUGAUUUAUANAAUGAGAUCGAAAAAAUUAUUCAAAUUUUUUAUUAA